AAUUACUUCUUCUGUCGCUCUUCCCCAUUCUCUCUCUAGUCUCCCUAUAGCCUCUUCCUCUCGGCGGCGUGUUCUUUUCAAAGAUUGAAUUGAACCAUUUUCUUCAAUUUAGAUCUUUCUAUGAAGUCUCCGUAGCCAGAGAGCUCUAAUUUGAACCGUAAUCGCCAUGAUUUCACCGUUAUCUUCACAGAGCAAAACCUUUUUUUUAUCUAUCGCGCGGCUGGUUUCUGCAAGGGAAAGCAAGGAGUGACCAGAAAGAGAGGGAAAGUGAAGGACGGGAAGGGAAGGGAAGGGAAGAGAUGCCUAGCGUCGCUGUGAAGCUCUAUAGUGUAUUCUUCAAAUUCCUUCUUAAACAUCGUUUGCAGAACCGUAUCCAAGCCUCUUUUGAUGAUAACAACCCUUUCGGUGUCACUUCGCGGCCUGAAGAAUCAGUCGCCGCAGCUAAGCCUUCUUUCAUCGAUGGUGUUGCUACCAAAGACAUCCACAUUGAUUCUUUAACCUCUCUCUCCGUUCGUAUCUUUCUACCUGACACCUGCCUUGCCGCCUCCGAAUCUGAUUUACAUGCCCAAUCUAGGGCAAGGGUCAGGGCUUCUUCCAGGUCCUUAGAUCCGGAUUCCUCACAUGCUUCUGUCGAUGCUCAUCAUAACAACAACCGUCGUAACAGCUAUGGCCCAUCCACAUCUCCCACGCCUGCUGCCAACAUGGCUGAUCAGAUCCGCAGGAGCAGCUAUGGUGGUAGCAGCCAGGCUGAGAGCUUGAUUUCGAAACAGGAGACUGGAGCUUACAGGGGCUAUGCACCUUCCUUGGAGAAUAAGCAACAUUCUUUUCGUAAGUUGCCAGUAAUGUUGCAAUUUCAUGGUGGAGGGUUUGUUACCGGCAGCAAUGACUCGUCCGCCAAUGAUAUUUUCUGUAGACGGAUCGCGAAAUUGUGUGAUGUGAUUGUCAUUGCGGUUGGUUAUAGGCUAGCCCCUGAGAACCGGUAUCCGGCGGCGUUUGAGGAUGGUUUAAAAGUUUUGCAUUGGUUGGGGAAGCAGGCAAAUCUGGCCGAGUGUAAUAAGUCCCUUGUCAGUAAACGCGGUGGCGGUGCUGAUAUCCGGAGAUCUGAUACUCAUCGGCAACUUGCUGACACUUUUGGUGCGUCUAUGGUAGAGCCUUGGUUAGCUGCUCAUGGAGAUCCCACCAGGUGUGUUCUCCUGGGUGUGAGCUGUGGUGCAAACAUUGCAGACUAUGUGACUCGGAAAGCAGUGGAGGCAGGCAAACUUCUGGAUCCUGUCAAAGUGGUGGCGCAGGUCUUAAUGUAUCCCUUCUUCAUUGGCAGUGUCCCCACACAUUCGGAGAUCAAACUAGCAAACUCUUACUUCUAUGAUAAAGCAAUGUGCAUACUUGCAUGGAAGCUCUUCCUACCAGAGGAGGAGUUUAGCCUGGACCAUCCAGCUGCUAAUCCUCUAAUUCCUGGGAGGGAACCACCACUCAAGUACAUGCCCCCAACGCUAACAGUGGUUGCAGAGCAUGACUGGAUGCGAGACCGUGGCAUUGCGUACUCAGAAGAGCUAAGGAAGGUUAAUGUUGAUGCUCCUGUCCUGGAGUAUAAAGAUGCUGUACAUGAGUUUGCAACACUUGACAUGCUCCUUAACACCCCACAGGCCCAAGCCUGUGCGGAGGACAUCGCAAUCUGGGUCAAGAAGUAUAUCUCACUCAGAGGCCAUGAGUUCUCUUAUUGAGUGGAUGUAAACAAAUGUGGCAAUAGCUAUAGCAGGAGCAGCAUUUUUGUGUAUUCUUAUUUCUUCUACAAGAUGAGGGGAGAGCCUCAACUCCCAUUACUCAGCUGUCCUGUACACGGGGUGUGUUUUUCCUGCCAAUCUUCCUGUUACAGCCUUUAGGUCUCUUUCAAUAUUUUUUUUUUCUUCCGAAUUUUUCGUUAUUCUUUUUUGUUCUGCUCUUUUUGUAAGAUAUAUCAGAGUAGUAGGAAUGUUUAGACAGAGAUGGAUUGUCGUUCAUGUUCGAGUUCAUAUUCUUGAUAUGUUCUGAGAACAUUAUUGGUUCUUGCUCUCUACCCUGCCCAUGAAUGUAUUUAAUGUUUAUACCUUUCUCUAA